CGCUGUCGCUCCGCCCCGGUCCCGCCUGCUGACGCUGCCGCCGUCGGUCCCAUCCGGCUGUGAAGCCGCGGGAUCGCGGUGUGGAGGCGCAGGGAAACGUGCACACGUCGAGGCGACCGCUCUCUCGCCCGGAGAUGGGGCUGUUGGAGCUUGUGAGGAGGCAGUGGUUCCUGAUAGGCAUCGUGCUGGUGAUCACCGGGGCCAAACUGCAGCCAUCAGUAGGCAUGCAUGGAGGACCAUUGAAACCAGAAAUCACGAUAACUUAUGUUGCUGUUUCAACGAUAUUUUUCAACAGUGGGCUCUCUUUAAAGACUGAGGAGCUGACUAAUGCUUUGAUGCAUGUCAAACUCCACAUGUUUGUACAGACCUUUACCCUUGCAUUUUUCCCGAGUGCUAUUUGGUUUUUUCUUAAAUUAUUAGCUUUGACAUCAAUAAACCCAUGGCUUUUAAAAGGUUUGCAGACUGUUGGCUGUAUGCCACCCCCAGUGUCAUCUGCAGUAAUCCUAACUAAAGCAGUUGGUGGAAAUGAGGCUGCUGCUAUUUUCAAUUCUGCUUUUGGAAGUUUUCUGGGGAUUAUCAUCACACCAUUGUUACUACUGUUGUUUCUGGGAUCUUCAUCUGCAGUGCCAUUUACUUCCAUUUUCUCUCAGCUGUUCAUGACUGUUGUAGUCCCACUCAUUAUAGGGCAGAUUGUUCGACAAUACAUCAAGGAUUGGCUGGAACGAAAGAAACCACCAUUUGGUGCAAUUAGUAGCUGUGUGCUCCUUAUGAUCAUAUAUUCAACAUUUUGUGAUACAUUCUCCAAUCCGAAAAUUGACCUAGAUACGUUUAGUCUUAUAUUAAUUGUUUUUAUAAUAUUUUCCCUUCAGCUGAGUUUCAUGUUUUUAACUUUUUUCAUCUCGACAAGAAAAAAGUCAGGUUUUACAGCUGCAGACACAGUUGCCGUUAUAUUCUGUUCCACGCAUAAAUCUCUGACCCUUGGAAUUCCAAUGUUGAAGAUAGUAUUUUCAGGGUAUGAACACUUAUCCCUCAUCUCUGUUCCAUUACUCAUCUAUCACCCCACCCAGAUUCUGCUAGGAGGCCUGUUAGUUGGAACAAUGAAAUCCUGGAUGGUCACCCGACAAAAAGCACUGAACCUCGCAAGACAGAUUGACGGUGGACAAGGCAAUUAAUGGAAGGCCUCCAAUCAAAUUGCAUCACUAUCCUUAAAUCAUUCAGUUUAAUGUAUUCAAAUGAGGCAUAAUUAAAAUCAGAGGAGAUAUUAUUGUUUAACAGUUGCUGAAUGUUCUACGUUCAUUCACUCAUGCAGCUUUAUGCAAACUCUCUGCUGGAAACUCUGGCUGUUUUACUGCGUACAAUUCUACUGUUUCAUAAUGGUGUGCCUGAAUUUACAUUUAAUGAAACAAAAUUAUGUUUGUUGAUGUGUUGGUUGGUGGAGAAUUUCUCCAAUGUUAACUGCCAUGUAAAUUAAUUAUUAACUAUGAGAAGGUGUCCAAGUUCUGAAGGUUUCCAUGUACCAAUUUAAUGUAAUGUGAGGACCUACAUUAUUUUACCUACACAUAUUAAGAUAACUUAACGUGUGAUGUUACAACCUGAACUAAAAUAGACUUUGGUGAAUUCAUAUUAAAUAAGUAUAAUCAAUAUGGGUACAAUUCUUUUAGAUAUAUAUGCAUUUAUUAAAUGUAAUGUUGGAAUACUUUUUUAUGAUUCCAUUAUAAAUUCCCACGUAUUAUCUUUGAAAUAAUGGGGCCAUUAGUGACAUACAAAUGAGUAUUAGAGCAAAUUAGAUGAACUAUUUGUAUCUAGCUUUACAUGCUCAAGUCUCUGUUCGCAAAUCUUUGGUUUCAUUGUCCUAUGCUGAAUUGUUUUUGUGGUUUGCAAUUGUUUCUUGACCUCUCUACUUUAUAUUUGCUUUUGGGCAAGAUAUGUCACAGGUGAAAUACUGUAUUGUCUAAGAGUUGGGUAAGCAAAUGAAGGUUAUUGGCUGUGAGCCAUUUCUAUUAAGAGGUUUCAACUUUAAAGAAUGUCUAGUAGCAAAUUAUUAUGAGAACAAAUUUAUUUUGUCACUUGUUUUUAUUUUCAUGAGACUUAUCAAUAAACUGAUUCAACAGCA